AUGAGCGCUCCCAAAGAACGCAAGUCUCCUUCCCGCAAACAGGCUACGACUGAUUCAGAUCGAGCUUCUUCCAGCGUAGCUAAGUCACCGACUCGACGUACGCCGACACGCUCUACGACAAAAUCCAAGACUUUGGAAGUAGAACAAGAAGGCUCGAAACGUAAGACCCUUCUUCCUAAAGCUGCAAAACUACUUGGCGAGAAGUUCACGCUUCCAAAGCCACUGGGAGGGAUCGAUGCUGCAACUUUAUUUGAUAUGUCAGUGGCUGAGACAAGCACUCGAAACAGAACUCUAUCAGAUUCUGAGGUCCCUAAAGUGGAAGAAAAGCGUCGAAGAACACAUAAGAUAGUGGGCACUGUUGUGGAAGUUGACGAUGAAACAGGCAUGUGA